GAUUUCAACCAAUGGGUAGUCACGUCAAAUGAACGCACAGUUUUUUUUUAAUACAAUUCUGUUGUAAAUAAACGAAUGACACAGACGCUGGUAAUAGUGAAAUUGCUACCAAAAUAUAUAUAAUCAAUACGGAAACCCAUUACUCGGCUGUGCAUAAAGCUGCUGUGGCGACGUUGAUGUUAUUCCUACCCGCCAGUUUGCUGCCAGCCACUAGAGUCAGACUGUGGGUAUCUACACAGGUAGCUUGUGGCCAAUGCCACAGGCUCGACCUGCCGAGAGAAGUGGACUGUCAACCUCGAGAAGAGCAAGCAAGUUGGCCUCAGCAGACCUCCGUGGUCCCCACCUGGCUGUUGGACUGAAGAGGGCGUGUCUGUUGAUUUACCAGCAGUGAAAGUUAUCAUGUCGGAAUUAAAUAAAGAGGUGGUGGAUUUGGUCUGGGGGAGACCCUCCAAUGGAGGAGUGUCUGCGUCUAUCUUCCGUAGAUGGACCCAAGGAUUUGUCUUCAGUGAGAAUGAGCACACAGCCCUGGAGCAGUUUGAGGGAGGGCCGUGUGCUGUAAUUGCACCUGUUCAGGCUUUCCUCUUAAAGAACAUUCUGUUUAACAGAGAAAGUUCCAACUGGAGACAGAUGCCAGAGGAGGAGCAGAAAACAGCGCUCUGUUCCACGCUGAGUGAAAUUUUGGAGUCUGCCUGUUCCAGCCCGUCCACAGGGUUCUGCCUGGUGACCUGGGCAAAGGGACAGAGCCUGCAUACUAGCACACAUACUAACUCGCAGUCACAGUCGCAAACACAGGAUGUGCCAGAGCCAGAGAGCAGUCAGCCGCCACAGGAGCAGCAACCCACUGCUUUGGCUGCUGAGGACCUUGGCUUUGAGCGAUUUCACAGUGUUCUCCACAAGCGGACUGUAAUGUCAGUGGCUGAUCUUAGAGAGGAGGUGCUGUCUCUCUACCACACCUGGAGGGGGUGCUGUGGAGUUUUGCUUUUCCUCUACUCAGUCAUCCUAACCAAGGGCAUAGAGAAUAUACGAAAUGAGAUCCAGGACACGAUGGAGCCUCUCAUAGACCCUGUGCAUGGUCAUGGCAGUCAGAGCCUGGUCAACCUCCUUGUAACUGGCCACGCUGUCUCUAAUGUCUGGGAUGGAGACAGGGAGUGCUCAGGCAUGAAACUACAUGGUAUUCAUAAACAAGCAUCAGUUGGCUUCCUCACGCUCAUGGAAUCACUACGCUACUGCAAGGUCGGGGCAUUCCUCAAGUCUCCAAAGUUCCCUAUUUGGAUCCUUGGCAGUGAAACUCACCUCUCUGUGUUUUUCACCAAGGAGAUGUCCCUGGUAGGUCCAGAGUGUCCAUCAGAACAGGCAAGGAGGGUCUUCCAGUCUUUUGAUCCUGAAGAUAAUGGCUUCAUCCCAGAGUCUCUCCUGGAAGAUGUGAUGAAGGCCCUUGACCUUGUCUCAGAGCCUGAGUAUGUCAGUCUGGUGAAGGGUAAGCUAGAUCCAGAGAGUUUGGGCAUAAUUCUUCUGGGCCCGUUCCUGUUGGAGUUCUUCCCUGAUCAGGAUUCAGGAAUCCCAGACUCAUUUCCCGUCUACCACUACAAUGGACUUAAACAGUCCAACCACAACGAGAGGGUGGAGUAUGUGGAAGGGACUGCUUUGGUGCUAGGUUUUGAGGACCCCAUGGUUCGGACGGAUGACACUCCAGUCAAGCGCUGCCUACAGACCAAGUGGCCGUACAUCGAGCUGCUGUGGACCACCGACCGCUCCCCAUCACUGAACUAGCACCGACAAAGUCCGGGUGUGUCUGCAUAUGUGGAUAGACCUGCUCUGCACACCCCCUGCCCCCACCCGCCUCCCCUCUUCACGCUGACCUCUCGACGGGUCAGCAGGUUACAAAGACUUGGACACAUACACACGUACAACGCAGAAACGAAUGAGAAAAACACAAAUGCACACAAACAUGAGACUCAGACAAACACUUUGAUGGACUAAACGAUGCACGCCUGAGAUCCAUUCUUGCAUCCUCACUUACAUUCCACACAAAUAUAAACUCACCUUUACAACUCAUGCUGUUGUCUGUUCACCAUGGCUUGUAAUUUGACAUGCAGGAUGUUUAUGAUGUGAUUAUUUAAAAAAAAAAUUGAAUGACUGUUUAUUUUUACAGCUCUGCUCUGUGCCGACACCUCUGCUACAGUUUAGCAGUAAACAGCUAGCCACUGUUUAGAGCAGACUGAACCACAUGUACAGCCAAUCGACUGUGAAACACUACUGUUAAUCCAGCUAUAGGACUGUUUGAGGGAAAACCUACCAAAGCCUUCCACAUAAGAGAACACAUACACACACAGUCACACCCACUGAUAAGCGUUUACAGCGUAAAGGGACCAACCCAGACGCAGAGAACUGGAGAUGUGAACAGAAGGUUUCUUCAGUGUUUUCACCAAGAUGAAGCUGGUGUAGGCGUUCUGUGUGUGCGCACCUCGUGCGCCUCGCUAGGAUGUUGGCCAAGUGCUCAUGUAUUUAUUAUCACACUCAAAGGUUCGGGAAUAAACACUUUUCUUUUUUUGUUCAAAUGAA